AUCAUGCCUCUGAACUUGUAAGCUUCAAUCAGUGUGACUCUGAGGAUUGUCAACUUCUCCUAGGGCAGAUUACCCCCCAGUGCGCCAAUCGCCAUAGCUCGCUCGUUAAGCUACGGAAUCGAGUGAUUCAACUUUCAGUGGAAAGCUGACGCUGCAAGCUACAAGAUAUCCGAUUUUCAUAUCGUUUCACCGAUUGGAGUUUUGGAUAUAGCUUUUCGAAGGUCGCGAGUUUUCUGGGCGUCAUAACGAAGUGCUGCAGAAAUUUCCAAGGAGCCAUUGAAUCAUCUGCUUAUAGCCUUCUCUAAGCAACAAGUGGUAUCAGAGCCCAUUAUCACGCAUUUGGGACCUAAAAUACGAUGGGAGAUAAGGAGGACUCUGGUGGAGGUGAUACUUCAGUCCAAGGAGGCAGCUCAACCCAGGAUUCUGGCAUUGCAGCGCAAAGGGGAGCGCGUACAAGCCAGGGGUCACUGCUUAAGGAGGUGCUGAAGAAAUUCACCAUUGAGAAGUUCUCUGGAGAUGGCUAUGAUGAUUGGGCAUGGAAGAUGCAGCUCUACU